AUGUAUGUUUCCAUUGCAAACAACAUAGCCACAUUUCCAGUAGUUGCUCAUAUAACUGUAAAUAACUCAGAUACAGCUGUCCCAACUACAUCUUCAAACAGAAAUGAAUCUACUACAGUAUCUUCAGCAGCAACGACUGCUAUGACACCUUCAACAACGAGUACCUCUACAAAUAUAUCAAAUACCUCAACGUCAUCUUCAAAAACAUCAGCUACAACCCACUUAACAACGCACUAUACAUCAACUACAAUUAAUGCAAUAUCAGUACUAUUUAAAACAAAUAUAUCCACUUCACCACCUAUAUCAUCCCACACAAGCAUUACCAAACAGUCUUCAUCUUCCAGUCUACACAAUAAUUCUAGCUCUCUUAACGAAAAUAAAGACUGUGUACAAGAAUUUAGCAUAUCCAGCGAGGAAAAUCGUCAAAAUUAUCCUUUUAAACGAACUAUAUCUGAAGCAAUAACACUCCCCAUGGAGACAUCAGCUAGUGACAAGCAGUGA